CCCCCCCGCCCUACUCCUUUAAUCAAUCUUCUAUAAUUUGUACAAGCGUAUAAACCAUUGACAGAUGACAGGCAGACGAUCCAGGACGUCGGUACCAACCAAACCCACAACCAGCGAAGAAGAAACUCAAGAACAAAGAAAGAAAAGAUUCAUCCUUGAUACUGACCCGAAAACCGCAAAGACAAAUGAUGUUGAUGAUUCAACCAAAAGAUUCAAGUAUCUUUUACAACUUACAGACCUUUUCAGAUACUUUAUAGAUAUUAACGCGUCGAAAGAUGUUCAAUUCAAAAAAUUGAUUAAACUGAUCGAUAACAAGAUUGCAUUCAAAGAACCAAAAAAGACAAAUUCAAAGACAAAGAGACGAAAAACUGAAAAGGAAGAAGAUGCAGAACUUCUUGAAGAUGAAGAACAUAUCGAAGAUCCAGAAUCUCAAACUACAGUAUUAACCGAGUCUCCAGCAUACAUCCAAGAUGGUACCCUUCGUGAAUAUCAAAUCCAAGGUCUUAAUUGGUUGAUUUCAUUAUAUGAAAAUAGACUUAGUGGGAUCUUGGCGGAUGAAAUGGGUCUUGGUAAAACAUUACAAACCAUUUCCUUUCUUGGAUAUCUUCGUUAUGUAAAGAAAAUUGAUGGUCCCUUUAUUGUCAUUGUUCCCAAGUCUACUUUGGAUAAUUGGCGUAGAGAAUUUGCUAAAUGGACCCCCGAUGUAAAUGUAUGUGUAUUACAAGGGAAUAAAGAAUUAAGACAAGAUGUGAUCCAAAAUACUUUACUUCAAGCUAAAUUUGAUGUUUUAAUCACUUCAUUUGAAAUGGUAAUUAGAGAAAAAUCUCAAUUGAAAAAAUUUAGAUGGGAAUAUAUUGUUGUUGAUGAAGCUCAUAGAAUUAAAAAUGAAGAUAGUUCCCUUUCUCAAAUCAUUAGGUUAUUCUAUUCCAAAAAUAGACUCUUGAUUACUGGUACACCUUUACAAAAUAAUUUACAUGAAUUAUGGGCUUUAUUAAAUUUCCUUUUACCAGAUGUUUUCGGAGAUUCAGAAGUAUUUGGAGAAUGGUUUGAUAAUCAGGGAAAAACAGAUGAUGAAAAGGAAAAGAAUCAAGAUAAAGUUGUUCAACAAUUACAUAAGGUUCUUUCACCAUUUUUACUUCGAAGAGUUAAAUCUGAUGUGGAAAAAUCAUUACUUCCUAAAAUUGAGAGUAAUGUCUAUAUUGGAAUGACGGACAUGCAAAUUAAAUGGUAUAGAAAGUUAUUAGAAAAGGAUAUAGACGCUGUUAAUGGAGUGGUUGGGAAAAGAGAAGGGAAGACCCGAUUGCUCAACAUUGUGAUGCAACUUCGUAAAUGUUGUAAUCAUCCAUAUUUAUUUGAUGGAGCUGAACCAGGUCCACCUUUUACAACAGAUGAACAUUUGGUUUUCAAUUCAGGGAAAAUGAUAAUUUUGGAUAAAAUGUUGAAAAAAUUCCGUAAAGAUGGAUCAAGAGUAUUAAUUUUUUCUCAAAUGUCUAGGUUACUUGAUAUUUUAGAAGAUUAUUGCUUCUUUAGAGAUUAUAGUUAUUGCAGAAUUGAUGGUUCCACCAGUCAUGAAGAUAGAAUUGAUGCAAUUGAUCAAUAUAAUGCGCCAGAUCUGGAAAAGUUUAUCUUUUUAUUAACCACUAGAGCUGGUGGGCUUGGUAUUAACUUAACUAGUGCUGAUAUUGUUAUCUUGUAUGAUUCUGAUUGGAAUCCACAGGCAGAUUUACAAGCUAUGGAUAGAGCCCAUAGAAUUGGACAAAAGAAGCAAGUGAAGGUUUAUAGAUUUGUCACAGAAAAUGCAAUUGAAGAAAAAGUGUUGGAAAGAGCAGCUCAAAAAUUAAGAUUAGAUCAAUUGGUUAUUCAACAAGGUAGACAAAAUCAAAAUGCCAAUAUUGGUAACUCUAAGGAUGAUUUGCUUGGUAUGAUUCAACAUGGUGCCCAAAAAGUUUUUGAGGCAGGUAGUACUACUAUGUUGGAUGAUGAUAUUGAUGCAAUUUUAUCGAGAGGUGCAGAAAAAACAGCAAGCCUUAAUGCGAAAUUUAAUAAGCUUGGUCUUGAUGAUUUACAAAACUUUACUUCCGAUUCAUCUACAUAUGAGUGGAAUGGUCAAAACUUUGCUAAAAAGGAUUCUAAUGAAUCAUCAUUUGUUUGGAUCAAUCCAUCCAAGAGAGAAAGAAAAGAACAAACUUACUCUAUUGAUAAUUAUUACAAAGAUGCUUUUAAGCCUAUUUCAAAUAAUAACAAAAGCACUACAAAGUUGGCAGUUGUACAAAAGCCUCGAGCUCCAAAAGUAUACAACAUCCAAGAUCAUCAAUUCUUCCCCCCAGGCCUUAAGGAGCUUUUAGAUAGAGAACAAUUGGCCUAUAAAAAGCAAAUAGGUUAUAAAUACACCCUUGAUGAAUUUGGUGAUAGUGAUGAAGAGUUUUUAGUUGAAGAAUUGAAAAGUGAUAUGUCAAGAGAGGAUAGAAGAGAAUCUCUGCAAAGGAAAGUAAAUGAAGUCAUUCCACUUACAGAAGAAGAAAACGAAUUAAAGAUUAAAUUACUUGAAGAAAGUUGUUGGAGUUGGACCAGACGUGAUUUCACAAACUUUAUCCAUGGUUCUGCUAAGUAUGGUCGUAGUGCUUACAAAUCGAUUUCCAAGGCUAUGGGUAACAAAUCUGAAGAAGAUGUUGAAAGAUAUCUGACUAAAUUUUGGGAAUCUUAUAAAUUAAUUGAAGGCUAUGAUAAGUAUAUCUCUCAAAUUGAAAAUAGUGAAAAGAAAUUGGCCAAGCUCAUGAAUCAACAGAAACUCCUUGCUGUUAAAAUGGAAUCACUUAAGCAUCCUCUUGAGGAUUUGAAAAUUCAAUAUCCACCAAAUAAUUCAAAGAGGGUAUAUUCUAAAGUUGAAGACAGAUUUAUAUUAAACUGCGUUCACAAGUAUGGUAUAUUCAGUGAAAAUUUGAUGGAGAAAAUCAAAGAAGAUAUACAAGCCAGUGAUUUAUUCAAAUUUGACUGGUUCAUAUUAUCACGAACACCACAAGAACUAUCUAGAAGAGUAAAUACAUUGUUGUUAGCAAUUACGAGAGAAGUCGAUGGACCUCAGGUGUUCAAGAAGAAAGCUACGAAACAGUUGAAUGGUUCCAAUCUGAGCACUAGGGCUGGCUCCAUGGAGCCUAGUACAGCAAAUGGAAACGCCAAAAGACCUGCUAACGAAGUUAAAAAAGAGGGCGAUAAAAGAAAGAAGAACUCAUAAUGUAUGUAUAUUAAUUGAUGUAUUAUGUUAAAAAAAAAGUAAAAAAAAAAAGAUUCGAU